GUGGCUAAGCCAGGAGGCUGGGCUCCAACCUCAUGAGACAGGAAGCAGGGAGGAGGACGCCUGUGUGUGUGUGUAGAGACGUGUUUCCUCUUGCACGACUGCAUUUCCUCCCACUCUGUUUUCUGGUUCUGUACAGCAACCACCUCACCCAAAUCGAAUAAGAAUGCUCCACUUCCAGGCAGUGCCGGGUCAGUUCGGGCCUGACACCAGGGAGCCAGGCCUGAAGGUGUGGAGGGUGGAGAAGAUGAAGGCGGUGCCGCUGGAGCCCUCAGAGGUGGGGGCCUUCUUCAACGGGGACUCCUACCUGGUCCUGGAGAACCGGGGAGAACAGGGGGCAGACCUGCACAUGUGGAUAGGUGAGAAAUCGUCUCGUGACGAGCAGGUGGCAUGCGCUAUGCUAGCUACCCAGUUGGACAACUUCCUGGGUGGCGACCCCAUCCAGCAUCGGCAGGUCCAGGGCUAUGAGUCCCCUGAGUUCAUGAUCCUCUUCCCUCGGGGAGUCAGCUACAAGGAGGGUGGCGUGGAGUCGGGUUUCAGACGACCCCAGUCAGGUUCGGACCCCGUCCACAGGCUUUACCAGAUCAAGGGGAAGCGGAAUAUCCGUGCCAAGGAGGUGGCGCUGAGCUGGGAGAGCUUCAACAAGGGGGACUGCUUCAUCCUGGACCUGGGACAGACCAUCAUAUCAUGGAGCGGCUCUCAGGCCAACAUCUUCGAGAAGCAGAAGGUGCGCGAGAUCGCCAGCCUGAUCCGAGACACGGAGAGGCACGGGAAAGCCCGCAUCACCGACAUCAACGAGGGAGAGGAGACGCCUGAGAUGCUCAAGGUGCUGGGACCAAUGCUGGAGCUGGCUGAGAGCACUCCAGAGGAGGACAGCAAAGCUGACGCCUCAAACUCUGCCUCCCUCUUCAAGGUGUCCGAUGCGACGGGUUCUAUGACGAUGACCAAAGUGUCAGAGAAGAGCCCAUUUGCCAAGGAUCUGUUGGCGCGAGACGACUGCUUCAUCUUGGACAAUGGAGCCAAUGGAAAGAUCUUCGUCUGGAAAGGUACUGGUGCCAAUGCGGAGGAGAAGAGGGAGGCCCUUAAGAUGGCGGAUGACUUCAUCAAACAGAUGAAUUACCCCAGGAUGAAAACACAGGUGGAGAUUCUGCCUCAAGGGAGAGAGACCGUCAUCUUCAAGCAGUUCUUCAAGAACUGGAAUUAAACAUUGGUUAUGAAACUCUCAAGUUAAUGUUGCACUCAAAAAAGCGAUGGAAUAUUCUAGUAUUUCCUAUCUAACGGUUCUCAUGGAGGAGCUACAGCAGUAACAUAUCUUUUUUUAUAUGUGUUUACUUGUAUGUACUGUAUAUAUUUUUAAGGUACUGUGCUCUGUACUCCUUAUAAAUUCAAAGCUGUUUGUGAUAAGAAAUAGGUCAAAUUAGUUCAUGUUAGGACCACAAAUAAGGUUCAAGGUUAUCAAAGCCAACACAACAUUCCCCAAAUUAUGUGCUUCUUCUUUUCUUUUUUUACAUUUGUUGAAGAACACCAGGGAAUUACUCCACAAUCUAACAUACAUACUAAGAAAUAAAAAAAUUGAACCUGAA